AUGGGGCACACAAAGGCAGCAGUGCUAGUGGUGGUGCUCGCCGUCGCCGUGCUUGGGCUUGCCACCGAUGGCCAGGCGCAGCUGCAGAACGGGUACUACACGGGCAAGUGCCGCGGCAACGACGUGGAGGCGGUGGUCCGGGGUAUCGUCAAGGCCCGAUUCGCCCAGGACAGCGCCAUCGUCGCCCACUUCCUACGCUUGCUGUUCCAUGAGUGCGGCGUCAAUGGCUGCGACGGCGGGCUGCUGAUCGACGGCCCCGGAACAGAGAAGACGGCAAAGCCGAACCUGAGCGUGAAGGGCUACGACCUCAUCGCCACCAUCAAAAUGGAACUUGAGAAGCGGUGCCCUGGCGUCGUAUCCUGCUCCGACAUUGAGAUCCUCGCAACCAGGGACGCGGUGAAUGCGUCCACGGGACAAGGAUACGCGGUGCGCACCGGGCGCAGGGACCGCCGGCGGUCCAUAGCCACCGACGUGAAACUUCCGGGGCCAGAUUUCACGGUUCCGCAGGCAGCCGCUUUCUUCGGCACGCUCGGCCUCAGCUCGGACGACAUGGUCGUUCUCCUGGGCGCGCACACGGUUGGCGUCGCGCACUGCAGCAUGAUCAAGAAGAGCCGUCUUUACAGCUACGGCGGCAAGGCCGGUGCAACGGACCCGAGCAUGGACCCGGAGCUAGCGUCCAUAUACAAGACAUACGUGUGCCCCAACACGGCAUCCUCCGACAACAACAUCGUGUUCCUGGACGACCGGUCCAGCGCGUCCAAGCUGGACAACAGCUUCUACAAGAUGCUGCAGCGUCGCCGCGGCGCGCUCAUGGUCGACCAGAACCUCUACAACGACGGCUCCACGCGCUGGAUGGUCGACAGGCUCGCCAACACUGACCACUUCCGCUGGCUCUUCCCACAGGCGCUCGCCAAGCUGGGGGAGGUCAACGUGCUUACCGGCACACAGGGAGAGGUCCGCAGGGUCUGCAGCAGGUUCAACUGA